CUGAACACAAUACACCAAAUGUGGCUUAACCAAUGACCUAUACAAUGCCACUUCACAUUCAGGACACUGAUGAUGAUGAUUCAAAUUACAUUCUGAUUGCCAAAAUUGACAAUGUUAAAAAUGUGUCACAGCUUCUAAAAGCAGUUCAUUUCAAGGAGGAAUGUCUUAAUAUAUUUGGAGCCAGUACUGUAUCUGGAAUUACUACAGCUUUGCAUCUGUGCUAUGCAGGCUAUGGAUCUCCACUUGUAUUAAUACUUGAAGAAGGGGGUGUGUUGACUGACUGCCGUAUUAAGACACAAGAAACAGAAGAGGUUUUGGAUUUCCAGUUUUCUCCAGAAAAUGUUGUCAAUAAAGUGAUAAUGAAGUCAGAAAUUUUACGGGAGGCCUGGAGUGACCUGGAUAUGACGAGUGAGAUACUUCAGAUUGUUAUGUCACCUGAUAAACCUUACUUUAGGUUGUCGACAUUCGGAAAUGCUGGCACUAUUCAUGUGGACUAUUCUAAGGACUCUGAUAUGGUGGAAUCUUUCCAGUGUACCCAGACACAAUCAAACAGGUAUAAAAUCUCGCUACUUAAACCCUCUCUUAAGGCUCUAAUCCAGUCUCUAAAGAUCUCUAUUCGAACAGAUGAACAAGGAAUCAUAUGUCUGCAGUACAUGAUUAAAACCGAAGAUGAACACGUAUGUUUUGUUGAAUACUAUUGUGUUCCAGAUGAAGAGGUAGAAGUUGGAGAGUAUGAGUAGUUGUCGCUUUUGUACGUCUUGUAUAUCGUUAUUUUUUACAUAUAUAUUUAUAUACACUAAUGUACAUAUUAGUACUUUGUUACAACAUAUCCAAAUAAAUAAUUUGUAUUUCUGAACCAAA